AUGAAUCCUUCCAAUCCACCCCAAGCUGCUGAAUACGGCGGAGACGAAGUCUCCGCCAUCGUUCUCGACCCAGGCUAUUCAACCACCCGCGCUGGCUUCGCCGGUGAAGACGCCCCCAAGUCCGUCAUCCCAACGUACUACGGCAAGUACAACUAUGAGGGAAAAGAGAGGCUGGUCUUUGGCGACAACAUGUUUGUCCAGCCGCGCGCGGGAAUUUCCGUGCACAACCCGAUCGGCAAGGAUGGUAUUGUCGAGGAUUGGGAUAUGGCAGAGAAAGUCUGGGAGUACUCCUUUGCCUCGCGACUCACUGCCACGAAGCCGGACAAUCCUUUUCAUAAUGGAUUAAACGAUAUCUCUAGUGAAGAGCUCCCCGCCGAGAUGGAGGUUGAGACGGAUGAGAAGCCUCUCGCUGAUACGCCGCUGUUGAUGAGUGAGCCUGGUUGGAACCCUGCCAAGGCGCGUGAGAAGACUAUUGAGAUUGCUAUGGAGAAAUGGGGCACUCCUGCUUUUUACCUUGCGCGGAAUGGAGUUCUUGCUGCUUUCGCUUCCGGCAAGGCCUCCGCACUGGUCAUUGAUAUCGGUGCCUCCAAUAUCUCCGUCACCCCAGUGCACGAUGGCAUGAUCCUAAAGAGAGGCGUGCAGCACUCCCCACUGGGCGGCGACUACAUCUCAUCGCAAAUCCGCGCCCUGUUCAAAAAGAACUCGCCCCAACCCAUCACCAUCACCCCCCACUACCUGAUCAGUUCCAAAACCGCCGUCGAAGCAGGCCAGCCACCCCAAGCAAACUACCGAACAUUCCCCGCAGACCGCGCCCCCGACGCCUCCUACCGCGCAUUGCAAGAAGAGCGCACCUUGGCCGAAUUCAAAGAAUGCGUCGUGCAAACCUGGCCGGGACCCAACAAACUCUCCGGCCCGGGCCCACGGGAAUCUCAAACGAAGAACUCGCUCGCAGCUCGCCGGGCCGUCUUUGGCGUUGACCGAUUCCGCGUUGUCGAAUCGCUCUUCGAUGUCAAGGCUGCUAUCCCGGAUCCCGACUCUCCUGUUCCCGCGCCUACGCAGGCCCAGACUUUGCCGGAGGUUAUUAAGGCUUCGUUGGCUGGCGUUGAUGUAGACAUUCGUCCUCAUUUGUUGUCUAAUGUUGUUGUUACUGGUGCUUCGAGUUUGGUGUAUGGUUUCACUGAGCGGUUGAAUCAGGAACUUAUGACGUUAUUCCCCGGUCCUCGUGUACGUGUCUCUGCUCCUGGUAAUACCUCUGAGCGUCGCUUUGGGUCCUGGAUUGGUGGUAGUAUCCUCGCUAGUCUGGGUACGUUCCACCAGAUGUGGAUUUCUAAGAAGGAGUACGAGGAACAUGGUGCGAAUAUUGUGGAGAAACGGUGCAAAUAA